AUGUCAGCGGAAGCGCAUAAUUAUCUGGAAUCAAUUAGGAAUCAAGACGAAGACGGCGAUGGAAACAACGACGAAGACGAAUAUGAAGAGGAUUUGGAAUCAGAAAGCUACGAAGAUGACAACGAUAAUAGCGACGAAGACGGAGGCAAAAACAACAACAAAGCUGGAGCCGAAGGAAACGAAAAAGCCAGAGGCGAAGGAAACGACAAACUCGGAGGUGGAACUAAAGGAAAAGAUGGCGAUAAAAAUGAAAGCAAAGUUGGUGGCGAUCGAAGCGGAAAAGACGGAGGCAAAAGGAACAGCAAAGAUGGAGACGAAAGCAGCAGGAAAGACGCAGGCGAAAACAACAAAAGCGACGGCGGCAGAAACAACGACCACGACGGCGACGAAAACCACAACAAUGACGACGGCGAGGGAGAAGACAAAGAUGAAUAUCAUGCACGCAAUGACAGGAAUGAACCCGGCAGCAGCGGCACAAAAGAAGGCGCCACUGAACAGGUGAAAAAAGGCCACGUUGCGAAGUCGGAGCUUUUGGAAUUUCACAACCCAAGCAUCGACAUUUCAUUGGGUAUGGCAACACAGGUUGCACAUAUUCAGUGCUUCGAAUAUCUUGCACGUAUGAAACGUGCAUUUGCGGAGGUGAAGUUGCCAAAAUCUUAUGGUGACAAAAAGGAGGCAGCAGCGAACAGCAGCGUUGCUAUAAUUGCAAUGCUAAAGGACAUUGGGCGAAGGAGUGCAGGAAGCCAAGACGAAAGAAAGGAUCGUGCUAUGCAUGUGGCGAAAUGGGACAUUUUGUGGCGAAGUGCCUGA